CUUGACAUCCCACUCGUGCUGCUGCUGUACUGUAAUCAUAUGAUAGGGAGUCGAUACCCGCUGCAGAAUACCGACACACCGGGCGGACACUAGCGGAGCAGCCGGGGCCAGUUGAUGGGCGAUUGUUUAUUUUAGUGCGUGGAGUCCUUUGAAGUGUCGCCUGAAGUCUCAAAAAAGAGCCAAACUCCACUCCAAAAAGGAACUUUUUCAAACUCUGGAGAGAGUUGGACACAGGGGGGGAAGAAAAGAAGGGCACGCAGACGAAACGUUAACCGAAGGACAGUCGGUUUAACCGGAGCUGAUAUUUGAAUUUGAUCAGCUAACAGAGAGGCCGGUGGAAACCCCUGGGGUCCUCGCAUCGCUUGUGUCGGAGCGCGCGUGUGCGUGUGUGUGUGUGUUUUGGGUGAAUUUCCCCACAAGUUUCUCCACUAACGUCAGCUAGGUCACUUUAUUGUAUAAGCUAAAGCCAUGGUCGGAGAGACAGAGGUGAAGGAGAGACCCAAGUCCAACCCGGACUACCUGAUGCAGCUGAUGAACGACAGGAAGGUGAUGAGCUCCCUGCCCAACUUCAGCGGCAUCUUUACGCAUCUGGAGCGGCUGCUGGAUGAAGAAAUCGGCAGGGUACGCAAGGACAUGUACAACGACACAGUGAACGGUGGCAUGUUCAACGGGCGGGACAUGGAGGAGCUUCCCGAAGCUGUCGGCCCCGUCGCUCAGCUGCAGGAGAAGCUCUACGUGCCUGUCAAAGAGUACCCCGACUUUAACUUUGUAGGGAGGAUCCUGGGCCCACGUGGACUGACGGCCAAACAACUGGAGGCAGAGACCGGAUGCAAGAUUAUGGUGCGAGGAAAGGGCUCCAUGAGAGACAAGAAGAAGGAGGAGAUGAACCGAGGGAAGCCCAACUGGGAGCACCUCAGCGAGGACCUCCAUGUCCUGAUCACAGUGGAGGACACACACAACCGGGCCAAAAUCAAACUCCAGCGGGCCAUCAACGAGGUCAAGAAACUUCUCGUACCAGCUGCUGAGGGGGAGGACAACCUGAAGAAAAUGCAGUUGAUGGAGCUGGCCAUUCUCAAUGGGACCUACAGAGAUGCCAAUGUCAAGACGCUCACCGCCGGCUUCCCACUCGGGACACCUCAGGCGCCUCGGCUCAUCACAGGCCCGACGCCCAUCCUGCCUCCUUCCCUGCGCAACGCCGCCCCCGUCAACACGCAGACCAUCAUGCCUCUGAUUCGUCAGAUCCAGAGCUCCGCCCUCAUGCAGGGAGGCAAUCCGCACCAGACGCUGAUGCAGCAAGGGCCUGAAUCUGGAAUCAUCUACACGCCCUACGAGUAUCCGUACACACUCACGCCCUCCAUAUUGGAAUACCCGAUUGACUCAACUGGAGUUUUAGUCCCUUCUUCCUGUGUUUUUGCAGCAGGUGCCAUGACCACUAAGGUACGACGCUACGACAAGAGAAUCCAUCCUUACCAAAGGGUAGUGACCCCAGACAGAGCUGCCACGGCAACUAACCCAUGACCCCUUGACCUUCUGACCUUUCCGCCCACUGAUGACCCGCCCAUCUCUGCCCGCUGGCGUGCUCAUUGGCCCGCGGCCCCCGUCACUCCCCCAGCUCAGCCAACCAGACCAGCACAUUGGGAACAUCCCGGCUGCUUCUGUCUAACCAGCCAACCAGACGACAGCGAUCAUGGGAAUAGACCUCAGGACCCCGCCCAUCACCAAGUCCUAACCUAAACUUUACCAAACGUGCCUUCCACUCCAAAAGCCCAACGCCAGUCUGAGCAUGUUUUACAACCAGUUCAAAUCCCCAAUCUGUAACAGCUGUUGCAUAACCAGUAGACUUAACUGGGGCCAGGCCCGAAACUGGUGAAGAGCUCCUAAACCAAUCCCUGGCUGUGCCCAGCUGUCAAUCUGAGCUGCCCUACCCUCAGUCCAUGUGAUGCAAUAAUAAUGACUCUAUUAAUAACAUGGUAACUAUACUGAUGAUAAUGGUACUUAUCCAGCGCAGAAACCCUCCAUAAACACUAAAACUAAAUGAGAUAUGUUGAUAUUUUGAAACAUCUUUCCUCUUCGGGCACCUCUUACUUCACUUUUCUGCACACUCUUUCAGGGGAACGGCCAUUUUCAGGGCCGACCAUUUCAAUUAAUUUAUACGUCAAAGUUGGUGUUGUGAUAACGACAUAUUAACACAUUUUCCCUUCACUUGUAACACCAACAAGUGGUUCCAGUGAUGUGUUUAAAAUGUCACUCGUGUUUCAAAGAGUGUGUUAUUUUGUGAAUCUUUUCCGAGAUUUCCAAUUCUCCCGUUCACACGUUGGAACAAGGAAAACAAAACAACACAAAAGUGAAAGCAACAGGUGCUCGGUAAGGAAACGAGAACAAACUGGAAUCCAAAAUGCCAAAGUAUCUUUUGAGUUUUUCUUAAUAAGUAAAGUUUCCCAAUACGGAGUCAACAUAUGCAGUGUAAAUGCCAAGUCUGUACGGUGCAGAUCCGCACACACAGAAGGAAGGUUGCACUUCCUUUGUCUAAAUCGAGAGGACUUACACAACGAUGCCUUUGCCUUUUUCACACUACAGUAUUGUAUGAGCUUGAACAACAGUGCCUUUAUUUAUUUGAGAGCAAUGGAACAAUGUUGCACCUAAAUCUUUUGCUACCACAUCGUGGGUUUGUGCCCAGCAUGAAAUUAUGUCCUUUUGGGUUUAUGCAGAUUAAUUGUAAUCGUCUGCAUUUGAUGUCUUUACACCCAUAACUCUUCUCAAUUCAGAUUUUAGUGCCAAAAAAGUUGAAAAAAAGUGGGUCAUUUGAAUUGGAAGUGCUGCGCAGUAUUGAAGCUACCGUGUCUGAAAUGUAUAUGUGAGGUUCGGAUACCUCGAGAGAACAGUGUUAUAUUUUAUCAAUUUUUUGUGUUUGAUUGUUUUGUUGGAGAUGAAGUCGUCCAUAUCUUUAUUUCUGCCUGAGUAUCCUCCUAUUCAGAAGGUGUGGUACAGUUACACACACACACAUACACACAAACCAGCUGAUGCCUUGACUUAAGAAAAAAAGAAGAAAAAAAUCAUGGAGCCGUAACAUCUGUAACAAGUUUAUAAUGUAUUUUUAUAUUCUAUUUUGUACCUGAAAAUAACAUUAAAUGACCUUUUCAGAUAAGAACAUUAUGCCUUAUUACGGAGAGUAAUUGGAUGAAUAUAACUAUCCUUGGUGUGUCAUUAGUAAUCAAUGUCCUGAUAUACUGGAGUCUCUGAUGUCCUCUGUAUUAACUUGAGCCUUUGACAUCAACAUUGCUUGCCCUCUGUGCCUUUUGUAUACUAUGAGUGUGACAAUUAACAGUGUAGUACAACAUUAAUAUACUCUUCAGUGCCACGGUUACUAACUGUUACCACUUCUGUGAUUAUUAACCUCUUUAAUGGUAUCUGUCUCUGCUUUGGAUUCCUUUUAAAAAAACAACAAAUUACAUGUUUGUCUAAAAGAAAUGAAAAAGAAAGAUAUGUGUUGAACCAUGAACGUUUAACUUUUCAAGUGAGCAGGAAUAACUCUUUGUACACUAUUAAACUCAUAGUUGUAAAACUAACAAACUUUGUUGCUUUUUCUCUGUAGCACUUAAUUAUGCAAAUCAGCUUCCUUUCUGCAUACUAAUCACCAAACACGCCUAAGAUACCGAAGGGGGAAAGAAACCCAAGGAAAGGGCCAAAACAUGUUUUUUUCCCACUUCUCCUUUUCUGCGCUCUGUCUCUUGUUCUCCAUACUCCCGCUAUUUAAGUAGACAUUACACACAGUGAUG